UUCAGACUGAACGAUAGAAAAUAACCGAGUUGUGAGCUCGGUUACCGUUUUGGUUAUGACGUCAGAAACAGUUUGUGGUUGGGGUCGCCCAAACGCACUCGGUUAGAUAGAUGAGACUUGCAUGGAAUUUCAUGACCUCCAUGAUGAAACGGCCGGACAACAGCAUGGACAGUCAUGCUCAUGGUCAAAUCUUGACCAUGGAACAGACACCGUACUACGAUUGUGUAGUGAUAGGAGCUGGUAUUGAAGGUUCAGCAACUUGCUACCAGCUGACGAAGAAGGGCGUCAAAACACUAUUAAUCGAACAGUUCAAGUUAGGACACGACCGAGGCAGUUCCCAUGGGCAGUCUCGCAUUACUCGCCAUGCUUACCUCCAGAAGCAUUACGCCAUGAUGAUGCCGGAAUGCUUCGAGACGUGGGCACGACUCGAACAAGAAGUAGGCACCAAACUCUACAGAAAUGUGGGUCUUAUGUCUGUUAAUGGACCUCCCUACAAGGAUUACAACAAUCGCGGAGGAGCCUUAAAGGACAUGAACAAACCCUAUGAGCUACUUACAGUUCAGCAGGUCUGCCAACGCUGGCCUGGCUUCUCCUUCCAGCCUGAAAUGAAGGCAUUCGUGGACCCGUCAGGUGGUGUGCUGAGGGCUGACCGGUGCCUCAACGCUCUCCAGACCAUGUUCGUGAAGCAAGGAGGUAUCGUUAGAGAAGAAGAAAAAGUGCUGCAAAUCAUCCCCGGAAAACAUGUGACCAUCAUAACCAACAGAGGGCGGUAUACGGCUAAGAGCGUUGUUCUCACACCGGGCUCAUGGGCAUCUCAGUUGCUGAGACCGUUGGGACUUGACCCUCCGCUAAAGAUAACGAGGAUUAAAGUGUGUUACUGGCCAGAGAAGCAGCCGGGAAUGUUCUCCAACUACCCCUGUUUCUAUUUCCUGUCUGAGAAAUACGAGGCGUACGGACUACCUAGUGCCGAGUAUCCGGGCCUUGUCAAGGUGUGCAACCAUCAGGGACAAGACUUAACUAAUCCAGAAGAUAGAAACAACGAACAGUUCACUGAAGACAUCGACAAGUUGAAGGAAUUCAUUAUAGAGCAUGUACCUGGUCUGGUACCGGAACCGGCUAUUAUUGAAAACUGCAUUUACACUAGCACACCGAAUGAAGAGAUAAUUCUUGACAGACACCCUGACCAUCCAAACAUCAUCGUUGGCUGUGGAUUCUCAGGUCAUGGCUUCAAGUUGGCGCCUGUAGUCGGCAAGAUCCUGAGUGAAUUAGCGACUGGAGAAAAGCCUAGCUUCGACCAACUGCCUUUACAUUUAAAAUCUUUUAAUAAAACUGUUGCCAAGUUAUAGGUGUUUUUUUUUUAAGUUUAUUUUAUAAUGAUUUGAAAAUUUUAAUAGAACUUGGGUAAUGCUCAUUAAAGUGAAAAAAGCAAUGAUGUAAAUUUAUUACUAUUAUUAGGAGCUCAGUGAUGUAAAUUUAUUAUAAUAUUAGUAGGCUAUUGUAAAAAGCAAAAUUAAUACUCUUUAUCCCCGAUGCCGCAAUUUAGAAUGAUAUUACUCGCAUAAAACUAAACGGCAAUUUUCUCAAAGCUGAGACGAAUUUGCGACUGGAGAAAAUCCCAAUUACGAUCAACUGCCGUUCGGUCAGAACACUUUAAGAAACUUUGUGCCAAGUUAUACUGUGUUUAUUUAUUAAUAAUGAUUUAACAAUUGUAAUAAAACUCAGGUAUUACUAAGUAAUGGGAAGUGAAUAACCACAAUGCUCGCAUGUAACGGCAAUUUACUCAAAGCAGAGUCACGAGGGUGGAAAUAAAUGGGUAAAUAAUAGUUUUAAUAACUAUAAAAAUGGAAA